GUCACAGCGAGAAGGACCACAUCCUCCACACGUUCCUGCUGCCAGGGGGUAAAAAGCGAACGUCCUGUCUGUGUGUGAACGACUGAGCAGUGCCGGAUGGAUCGUCCCCACCACAGCUGACAUUUUCACUCCCUGAAUUUGACAUCGCGGAUCGUGUCGGAGCCACGGGAAUUGAAUUGUUGACAGGAAUUGACGUCAAGCCUGAUUUUCUGCCCCAACAGUAUCACCCGGUGGCCUGGGAGGAGAGAGUUCAGAGUGCAGAUGUGAGAGGACGGACGAGAUGUGAGGAGCAAACUGCUGGAAAUUGCAAAGUCUCCAUUCAUAGAAAAGCCCGCUGCACUCCCGAGGACCCUGCUGCUCUCUUCAGACUCACAUUUCUCCCUCCCCAAAUCUAUCUCAGCUCCCAAGUUACCCGUGAGCAUUACUCAGCAGGCUGGGAGCCUCGGGGCAGACCGACUGAAACAGCCUCUUUACUCACCGGCUAUCAUUACGCACCUCUGUAGGAAAAGAUCGACGUCCUCCAUCCACUGAAGAAGACAUGCUCAUCUGCUCCCCUCAUGGCCGUGCCGCUACAUCCACCAGCCUCUUUCACGUUGACUGGGCGUUCCUGUUGGCUCUAGCUGUGGUGCUCUGCCCCACGGGCCAGGUGACAGGUCAGGUGGAGAGUCAGACGCAGUCACCUGCCCAGGUGCUACAGGACUUGCUGUCCCGCUAUGGCGACAACAGCACCAUCACGGUCCCUCAGCUGCGAUCUCUGUUAGCAGCCCUCAGCCAGGGCCAGAGUGAAAGUGACAGCGACAGCAGCAGCACAGCUGAAACACCAACAACCACACCUCCCCAGUUCAACGGCUCCAAGUGCUUGCCUGCAGACACACUGGCCAUUUACAGCUUCAGCGAGGAGUCGCGGCUGGAUGGGCGGGGUUUUCAGGCGCUGUGCCCCACCAUGCUGCAGCAGCUGGAUGCUGGAAGCUGCAGGGCACAUAAAGGGGAGGAGCAAAGCAGCGACACCUCCCCCAGGCCCUCAGACGCUGAAGUUUGGGGCUAUGGGAUCCUAUGCGUGACACUGAUCUCUCUGUGCUCGCUGGUCGGGGCAUGCGUCGUGCCCUUCAUGAAGAAAACCUUUUACAAGCGACUGCUGCUCUACUUCAUAGCCCUGGCCAUUGGCACUCUCUACUCCAACGCCCUGUUUCAGCUCAUCCCAGAGGCCUUUGGAUUUGACCCAAUGGUGGAUUUCUACGUGUCCAAGUCUGCCGUGGUGUUCGGAGGCUUUUACCUCUUCUUCUUCACUGAAAAAGUUCUGAAAGUGCUACUAAAGCAAAAGAACGGGAGCCACGGCCACAGCCACUACCCCGGUGCAGAUCAUUACUCAACCCCUGACAGGGAUUUGGAGGAGGGGGAGAAGGAGAAGCUGCAGCAGAACGGAGAAGCCAGCAGCCUGGCUCUGGGCAAAGUGGACGCAGGCGAGGGCGAGCUCAUGCUCAGCCCUGCACAGACACCACAGGACUCUCAGAGUCCAGACAGCGGUGGACGGUCAGGCACCAGUGGUGGCGGCUGCUAUUGGCUGAAGGGGACAACCUACUCUGACAUCGGCACGCUGGCCUGGAUGAUCACACUGAGCGAUGGCCUGCACAACUUCAUUGACGGCUUGGCCAUCGGGGCCUCGUUCACCGCCUCUGUUUUCCAGGGCAUCAGCACCUCGGUGGCGAUCCUGUGCGAGGAGUUCCCCCACGAGCUGGGAGACUUUGUGAUCCUGCUGAACGCCGGCAUGAGCAUACAGCAGGCUCUCUUCUUUAACUUCCUGUCGGCCUGCUGCUGCUACCUGGGCAUGGGCUUUGGCAUCCUGGCCGGUAACAGCUUCUCUCCCAACUGGAUCUUCGCCCUGGCAGGAGGAAUGUUCCUCUACAUCGCUCUGGCAGACAUGUUUCCAGAGAUGAACGAGGUGAGUCGUGAGGAAGAGGAUGCAGGCGGCAGCAGCUUCCUCCUCACCUUUGGCAUCCAGAACGCCGGCCUGCUGACGGGCUUCUCCAUCAUGCUCCUCCUGACGACGUACUCUGGACAAAUACAGCUGGGCUAGCAGCAGACUCCUCCAGGGUCACCAUCAGCUGCUUUGUGCUGUUGGAAACUGAGCCCUAAAGAAGAGAGGCUGGCUGAAAGUUUCUCCUCUAUUUUUCCUCCUGUUCUCAUUUUUUUCGGGUUCUGGACUUUGGGGAUUUUGGUUGUGCGGCAGGUACGCGCAAUCGUCUUUUAAAGUUAUACAAGAAGCUGCUUGAGCGCAGUUCCUGCAUGCAGAAGGUUCAAGGUCGAGGGUUUGACGGCCCCGUCUCCUCAGCGUUUCAAUCCUUUCUGCACAGCUGCCCCUGAAAACGUCCUGAAACAUCAACUGAAGCAGUCGCAAAAGACGGCUAUACUUGAUGUGCAAUACACUCACCCAGUCUCUCAGAUAUUUCUCUUUUCUUCAGACUGCUCUCCAGGCGUCUUUCCUCAACCUUCAUCCUCAUCAUCCAUCCUGGUUGAUGCCAUUGAGCCUCCACUCAGGCCAGUUGUGAUUCCUAGCGAGUGUUUAUAUCAUGAAUCCUCUGUGAAAAGCACAAUCAGGUAACAGCAGCUGUUCUCCAAACAUCUUUGAUUUCCAGGCACUACAUGUCCCCCCACUUUUUUUUUUUUUGUCCAUUCCAUACCAAAAAGCAAAUGUUAAAACAUUUAAACUGGAAUUGUUCCAACUUCCAGCUGGACUUUGUUGUCUGUGUGUCGAUUUUAUAUUUUUUUACACAUGAAUACUGACUUGUAAAGACCAAAUAUGGGCAGACCAUUGAAGUGAAGGGCUACGCAGUGAUGUUUGGAAGCGCACGUGUCAGUCAGCCAGCCGGGAACUCCCAAAGACUCCGGGGUCAGACACGGAAAAGGGACUAAGUGGCUUCAUCCAGAUCGCGGUGGCGCCAUUUCUCUGUAGUUAACCAUCUGUGCCCUUCAUUAGAAUAGCAAGUGAAAAGUUUUAGCUUUUUUAUUCCUUCUGAUCUUGAAUUCAGAGUGCAGAUCUGCAGUUUUCACAUAUCCCAUAGACUAUUUUUCCCAGAUUAUCUAUUCUUUUACGGUGUCGUUGUAACAGAAUACUGUAAGGUGAAUCAUCUGUAUAAUCACGCACACGUCACCUCGUCUGUGACCUUAUCCGUGUUAACUAUUCAGAAUUAAGAACAGAAGUACAGCCAAAAGUAUGUGGACAGACUCCAUGCCUCGUUUUGUUACCGGGCAGUUUUUAAAGGGGUUUUUGGCCAUUUAACCAUGGAAACAGUCUACACUGCAUUUUUAACCCAAUCCCACUAAGGGGAAUCAACUGACAUGAUUACGAUAUUUUUUAACUCAAAAGCUUUCAUGUCAGCAUCUGCAUUUUCUUUCUUUCUUACCACGUUAUUGAUCAAAAAACAAAGAUCAGCUGAAACUCAAACAAGGAUAGACUUUCUUUAAAAAAAACAAAAAAACAAAAACUGUGUAUUUCUUUUCUCAUUUUUAGGUGUUUCAUUAAGGACUUGUCCUUAUUUUCUGUUUAAUGUGGCUAAAGUUGCCUAAAACCCUGUGAGCCAAAAGCUCUUAAACACUAUUUUUCUUUACUUAAAAGGAGCUAAAACAGUUUUACCUUCAUCUUAAUGAAAUAAUAGUUAAUUUGAUUUGUGAACCUUGCACAGCAACUCUAGAGCUCAAGAGUUAAAAUGCAUUUGGAUAUCAGCCGAACAGAUCUUCUUUAAAUGCUUAAAAUUACUCAUUUGACCCAUUUAGUCGCGUUUUGCAGACGAAUAGAAAAGCUACUGCCAGCGCUGUGCAGAGGAGCUGUGUCAGUGAUGGAGCUCGUGUGUGCAUCCAUCCAGUUUGAUGGACACAACUACAAAUCUAGAAGAGCAGAGGCUGUUGUUAGGGGUACUGGGUUUGGGUGUCCACAUACAUUUGGCCAUGCUGUUAAAAAAAAAAAAAAAAAAAAGGUUUAUGAUGUGAGGGGUUAAUAGUUUAUUGGAUGGUCGGGAGGGGGUGGGAUACUUGUUCUGAGAUUGUCGGGUUGCUUUUUGUGUUUGUCUUACAGGUGGAUUAAAAAGAUUUUUCCUCAUCUGAAUACUGACAGUUCAACAGAGCUGACGUGAUCCAUUAUGUAGCAUCUUUACAUACUUUUCCUAAUGUGAGUGUAGAUUAGAGCUGUAGAAUAUUAUUUAUUAGAGCUAGAAGCUGAAACCCGUGAUAGGUUUACAAUAAAGACGACAUUGCAGUUCCAGGAAUGAGAAGGCAAGCCAUUACAAAGAGAGUACCCUGAGUGGUACAGCGAGUAUUACUGCUGCUUGAUAUGUCAUGUAACAGAUUAUUUAUUGUUGCUUAAGCCAUAAAAUAUUUAUUUUAUGCUUUACAUCUAAGAUCAAGUGUUGCGCUUAGCUUCACACCAUGAAUCCAGACGUAGUUUAGUUUUUAUUUAGAAUAAACGGGUCAGAUACAAGCUAAACCCUCUCUGCUCUGCACACUGUUAAUGUUGUGUUUAAAACUGAAGCCAGUGGAUUUACAGCACACACAGACUGACAACAUACCCACUUAGUUAAUGCAGAUAAUACAUUCAGAGACCAGAAGAGGUUCUUUGGAGCAGAAACAGGAACAAAAACCAGACGCAGAACACAGAAGAACAUUUUAUCGGGAAGUUUAAUAAUGAGGCAGAAAGAUUAAGGUUAGGAGGUUGUAUUGGGGGUCAGAUUGCUCAUGGGGGCGGGAGGGUAGAGUUUCUUACUUGUGGGGUUUCUAAUAAAAGUAAGGAAGCCAGAAUAGGAAAAAUAAAUGGUAAGAAUUUGGCUAAUUGUGAAUGUGUGUUGGAGCUCAGGCAGGGCAGCAGUGGGUCAGGGGCUGGAGGCAGGAACAAGCAGGAGAUCAUAGAAUAUAAUAAAAAAAACUACUGAUGUGUUCAAAUUAGAGCUGCAGCAUAGUGAUGGAGAAGACAAGAAAGCAAGAGUGAGGACAGAAGAGACAAAUCUACGAGGAGCUGACCUAGAACCAACCGACCGACUGACAGGAUGGACUUUCUGGCCAUUUUAAUAUUUGCAGCGCUCUCGCAGACUUGUAAAGGAUCAUUUUGAAAAGUAUAGUAUCUAAUUUCAUGUAUGAGAUUCCUCGUUAGCCUUCUGUGUGUGUCAUGGAGAUUGUUUUUAUAUAUAAAUUUCAUUUUCCAAGAAA